UUAAUUUUCUUUAUACACAAAGAUGUGGAGACUGUUUGUCCACUUGUGCAUAAUCAAGCGUAAAUGUGAUGUGUGAGCCUCACAUACCUCGUGCUAGUCUCUCAUUAUUGUGCAGUCCACCUCGAUAUAUACAGAGGUUGCCUUGCUUCCUUCGCUUCAGAGCUAACCAAGCUUCUUUCUCUGCAUCAUUCCUAUCUUCCCCUCCUAAAGUUGCUUGUUCCUGUCUUAGCUAGCUAGCUAUGGGAAACAAGUCCACCAUGAACGUAAGCCUUCUGUUCUUCUCUGCUGUGUUUCUUGUACUUGUAAGCUGCUGCAGUGCAGCAGAUGCAGAUCAUGAGCUACGACGGCUGCAUCACGCUUCCGCGAAAGCCGACGGAUCUCUGAGCUUCUUGGUUAUUGGAGACUGGGGAAGAAGAGGAAAUUAUAAUCAAUCCCGAGUUGCUCAUCAGAUGGGAAUAGUUGGAGAGAAGUUGGAUAUCGAUUUUGUAAUAUCCACCGGCGAUAACUUUUACGAUGAUGGAUUGACGGGCGUCGACGAUCCGGCUUUUGAAGAGUCGUUUUCCAAAAUCUACACAGCUCCUAGCUUGCAAAAGCAAUGGUACAAUGUUCUUGGUAACCAUGAUUACAGGGGUAAUGUUGAAGCACAACUGAGUCCGGUCCUGAAUGGGUUGGAUAGCAGAUGGCUUUGCAUGAGAUCCUUCAUAGUUGAUGCAGAAAUUGUAGAGUUCUUCUUCGUGGACACAACUCCCUUUGCAGACAAAUACUUCACUGACCCAGAGGACCAUGUCUACGACUGGAGUGGCAUAUUACCCAGAAAUGGGUACCUCUCCAAUAUUCUCAGGAACGUGGAUUCAGCUCUCAAAGAAUCGAAUGCGAAGUGGAAGAUUGUAGUGGGUCACCAUGGAAUUAGAAGCGCUGGAAUACAUGGUGAUACUAAAGAGCUUGUGUCACGGCUUCUUCCAAUUCUUGAAGCCAACAAUGUUGAUCUUUACAUCAAUGGGCAUGACCAUUGCUUGCAACACAUUACUACUCCCAACAGCCCGAUUCAGUUUCUAACGAGUGGUGGUGGAUCCAAGGCAUGGAGAGGAGUUGUAAUGCCGUAUGAUCAAAGUGAAAUAAAGCUGUAUCACGACGGACAGGGUUUCAUGUCAGUGCAAGUCACUCCAAGCCAAGUAGAUAUUGCAUUCUAUGAUGUUUUUGGUAAUGUGUUGCACAAAUGGGGCACAUCAAAGGACCAGCUUUACUCUACUGCCAUGUAUAUGUAGAGAUCAUGGAGCUCAAGCAAGCGAGCAUUGUAUCUAAUUAUUUCUGAUUCCAUUUCCAUGGUUCCGGUCAAUGCUAAUUAUUUCGGUUCAUAUACAUGUUAUGGUAUGAAACUAUGAAUAAACCAGGUACUAAUUUGUUAUUUUUG